AUGGCCAGUCUCAUCCAACCUACACAUGGCGAUGGGAUACCAACAGCCAAUCGUUCCGGGAAGAGGGCAAAGAAUGUCGCCGCCGAGGACAUCCCUGAGUAUCUGGAACGUACCGUCGAUCUUGAUAAGCAACUUGUGAAACAGACAAAGUCCGAGGUCUACGUCGACCCUGGCCAAGAAGCAUUGUACCAAUUCGUGGACAUCUACUUUCUCGGCUAUGAUUGGGUACUUCAGUGGAGCGAAACGAAUGGCAAGGAUAGCCCCGUGAGAAUAGAGUUAGAGAGGGAGAUCAUGUUCCGAAACAAAACGGGAAGCGAAUUCAACAUAACCUUCAGCUUGGCCGCUGAGUUCAAAGGUCUUGGCAUGAAAUUGGAGACCGGCUACAAGUCCUUCUCUGAAAGUGAACUCAGCGAUGGCCGAAAGAGAAGAGAAAAGUUUAUAGUGGAGCCGCACACAAGCACGUACUACUAUCAGAAAAGAUACAAUUUCAGGACUGAAGUGUGGUUCAAGGCUGAUAUGCGUGGACAGCUAUACACUGUUGGUCAAUGGAAACGCGAUGGGAUUGCCAUGGGUGUAUCUUCGUUUUGCGUGGAAUCCGAAGAGCGUGUCGGGGCGCCGAAGGCGAUCACAGGUGAACAUUCUCUGGAUGUGAAACCUGUCGAGUCGGAAAAGCGCGACAACGUCAUCCGGUUCGAACAUCUUACGGCGAGAGCCCAGACCUGGCUACAUGCACAGAAGAUCUAA